AUGGACUUUGACUUCAAUUUCAUUUCCUUUCAGUACCACGCAAAGUCCAUUGCAAAUAUCCGGGAAGCAACCCAAAGCUUCACCACGAAUCCUCUCUUCUUCCGGCCCGUGGCCAUCGCUUUGGACACCAAAGGCCCUGAAAUCCGGACAGGGUUGAUUAAAGGGGGCGAGAACAAAGAAGUAGAACUGGUCAAAGGAUCCCGAUUGAUCGUGACCACCGAUCCGGCCUACCGGGAGCAAUGUGAUCCGCAGACAAUUUGGGUGGAUUACGCCAACUUGCCGAAAGUUGUUAAGGUUGGCGGACGGAUCUUUAUUGAUGACGGGCAGAUCUCCUUACUGGUCAAGGAGCUCCGUCCCGACAGUUGUGCGGUCGAAGUGGAGAACGGCGGGAUGCUCUGCAGCCGGAAGGGAGUCAACUUGCCGGGGGCCAAAGUGGACUUGCCAGCCUUGUCCCAGCGGGACAAACAGGACCUGGAGUUCGGAAUGCAGCAGGGCAUUGAUAUGAUCUUCGCCUCCUUCAUCCGCAAGGCGGGCGACGUGAUGGGCAUCCGGCAGGCGCUGGGCGAACGCGGCCGCCGCAUCAAAAUCAUCAGCAAGAUCGAAAACCACGAGGGGGUCAAGAGGUUUGAUGAGAUCCUGGAAGCCAGCGAUGGCAUCAUGGUGGCUCGUGGGGAUCUGGGGAUCGAAAUCCCCGCCGAGAAGGUUUUCCUGGCUCAAAAGAUGAUGAUCGGCCGGUGCAACCGUGCGGGCAAACCGGUGAUCUGCGCCACGCAGAUGCUGGAGAGCAUGAUCAAAAAGCCUCGUCCCACCAGGGCGGAAAGCAGCGACGUGGCCAACGCCGUCCUAGAUGGGGCCGACUGCAUUAUGCUGUCCGGGGAGACAGCCAAGGGGGCCUACGUGGUGGAGGCUGUGCGCAUGCAGCAUGCGAUCGCCCGAGAGGCCGAAGCCGCCAUGUAUCACCACCAGCUCUUCCAGGAGUUGCGGCGCCUGACGCCCUUAAGCCAAGAUCCGACCGAGGUGACCGCCAUCGGUGCUGUGGAGGCCUCCUUCAAAUGUUGCGCGGCGGCCAUCCUUGUCCUCACCUCCACCGGCAGGUCUGCGCAGAUCCUCUCCCGCUACCGGCCUCGGGCUCUCAUUAUCGCCGUGACCCAGGACGAACAGGUGGCCCGCCAAGCUCACCUCAGCCGCAGCAUUUUCCCGGUCGUGUGGCACGGCGCUAAGCAGGACACCUGGGCGGAAGAUGUCGAUCGCCGGGUGCAGUUUGGGAUCGAGAUGGCACCCACGUAUAAGAAACCCCACGGAGACAAAACUCUGCGGGGAGAAUCUUUGGGUCAUCUCCAGGCCGACCAGAAAGGAGCCUGUUUUUUUUUUCUCAAUCUCCUGUUUGUACGGAUGGACGUUAUCCUAGCCCAGGUGCCAACCAUCCCCGAAUAG